AUGUGGUUCGGGCAGCUGAUCAUCGGGCCUCCGGGGUCCGGGAAGUCCACAUACGUGGCAGGGGUGGAACACAUACUGAAGCAGAUAAACAGAAAGCUCAUGAUCAUCAACCUGGAUCCGUUUGUGGAGAAUGACGUAUACAAAGCAGACGUAAACAUUAGUGAGCUUGUAGAUAUAAAAAAAGUUUUCAGUGACCUGGGCUUAGGACCCAAUGGCACUCUAAUAUAUUGCAUGGAAUACCUAUUAAUGAACUUUGACUGGCUUGAAGAAAAAUUAAAUGAACACAAAGAUCAUUACCUACUGAUUGACACCCCAGGGCAAGUGGAACUGUAUACACAUAAUGAUGCCUUGCGAAAUAUUGUUCAUAAAAUGACCAAGAUCAAUUGUAGACUAACUUCUGUGCACAUCGUUGAUAGCACUUUAUGCUCCGACAAUUAUAAAUAUGUUAGUGCACUACUGUUGUCCUUGUGCAGCCAGAUACACUUGGAGUUACCCCAUGUGAAUGUAUUCUCCAAAAUUGACUUGUUAAAAUAUUUUAGGGACGAUUUAAAUUUUCCUCUGAGUUACUACGUCGAAGCGCAAAAUUUGCAGCAGCUAAUGCUAUACGCGCGUUACCAGAAUGAAUCCUCUUCCGACUCGAACUGCGACUCCGACGCGGACGCAGACGCCGAUAUGGGGGACGCACCACGUACACCCCUAAAUAACCCAAGCCACUCCACCCAGAGCGCAAUCAAACAGGUCAUACAAAAUGAAAUAAAUAUUGGUAACAUAAAAAAUGUGAGGAAAAACUUUAGGAGAUUAUCCAACAAAUAUCUGAAGCUAAAUGAAUACAUAUGCGAAACGGUAGAGGAUUAUAACAUGAUCAACUUUGCCCUGUUAGAUAUACAGGACAAAUAUAGUGUGCUUAAGUUGCUAAAAAUUAUUGAUGGAGCUAAUGGGUUUCGUUUUAGCUCCAUUUACUCCGAGUACUCUUUGUUUGACACGUACGCUGAGGCCAUUGAGUAUGACUGUGACGACAUUCAGGAAAGGAUCGUGGACGUGUCGGAUGAUGAAAAAUUCACGUCCCAAUGUGGGCAGCCCCCUCAUGCGUGA